AUGCUGCUGGAGAAACAUGGCGUAAUUGAGGUCAAUGGGAAGUUGCAAGCUAACCUGUGUAAAACUUGCCUUCAAGAUCUUCAUCAAGAUAAAAUCCCCCAAUUUUCCUUAUCAAAUAAAAUGUGGAUAGGCAAUAUACCUGUCGAGCUAUCUCGUCUCACAAUGCCAGAACAGCUCCUGCUAUCGCCAAUUUAUCCACGUUGCUUCAUUUUCAAAAUGUUCCCCAAAGGUGGACCUAGGGAUGAUCCCACAUGUCUACAAUCUGGCUUACAGGGGAAUGUGACGAGCUUUCCUAUGAACACUGAGGAUAUCCUGAGUAUGCUCCAUGGACGCAAAUUGCCCCGUCCUGUGGGGGUAUUUUCCUCUGUCAUAUCCAUCACUUAUGUCAGUGUCGGCCAUCUGCCACAGCAUUGGCUUAAGUCAACGUUUCGCAUUCGGAGGAGAGCUGUUUUGGAGGCACUUCAAUGGCUGAGGAAACACAAUCACUGCUUCUCAGAGUAUACGAUAGACGAAAAUGUUUUGAGUUCGCUACCAGAAGAUGAUGUGCCUUUAGAGAUAAUGGCAGCAAUCUGUCAGGAGACAGCGGUAAAUGUUCUCCUGAAGGAGCAUGACUCCUACAUACCUGGUAAUGGUGAGUUUGUCUUUGUACUCAUGAAGGUUCAUGGAGUGUCAUGGAGUGUCAUAUGUUUAUUUUGA